AGGGAGGAGCAGAUUCAAUGCUGCAAGGGCGCGGGGACCCACAACGACGGCUGUCCCCAAAGAACCCCUGCGACUGGGAAUUGAAGUGAAAAAGAAUCCAGAUUUCCUGUGCGUAAUCGAGGGGACAAACUCCUUGUCCUCAGGGAAGAGAGCAUUUUGUAGGUGUUCCAAGUGUUGAGGUGUUUCCUGCUUCUUCCAAGAUGCCCCAGAAACAGCCGCCUCGUAGGCAGAGCUUCAGCGUGGGCAGAGGAACCAGGAGGAGAGAUGAAGAUUCAGGGACCGACGUGGGAGAAGGAGCAGAUGAAUGGGCCCAGUCCAAAGCCACAGUUAGACCCCCUGACCAGCUGGAGUUGACUGAUGCGGAGCUAAAGGAGGAGUUCACCCGCAUUCUGACAGCCAACAACCCACAUGCACCCCAGAACAUCGUCAGGUACAGCUUCAAAGAAGGCACAUAUAAGCUUAUUGGCAUUGUGAACCAACUGGCAGUUCACUUCAGCCAGGUUGGGAACCUGGUCCCCAAAGACUCGGAUGAAGGACGGCGGCAGCACUACCGUGAUGAGUUAGCAGCAGGUUCUCAGGAGUCCACCAAGGUGGUGAUUUCAGAAACCGAAAUCCUUGAAGAAGAAGAGCCUAAGGAAGCAGAAGCUGAAACUGAAGCUGGGAGUCAAACAGAUAUGCCUGUAGCUGAGGCAGCUGCAAAAGUGACUGAAGAAGAAUUGAUGACUCAUAAGCAGCCCAAGGAGCGAAAGCUCACCAACCAGUUCAACUUCAGUGAGAGGGCCUCACAGACCUUAAACAACCCUCUCCGGGACCGAGAAUGCCAGAUGGAGCCUCCUCCCAGGACAAACUUUUCAGCCACAGCCAAUCAGUGGGAGAUCUACGAUGCCUAUGUAGAGGAGCUUGAGAAGCAGGAAAAGACCAAAGAGAAAGAGAAGGCAAAGACGCCAGUGGCUAAAAAAAUGGGGAAGAUGACCAUGAGGAAGAUGACAUCUAUGGAGUCCCAGAGUGAUGACAUCACCAAAGUGACUCAGGCCGCUAAAAUUGUGGAGCGGAUGGUCAACCAGAACACAUACGAUGAUGUUGCUCAAGAUUUUAAGUACUACGAGGAUGCCGCCGACGAAUACCGAGACCAGGAGGGUACGCUGCUGCCACUCUGGAAGUUCCAAAACGACAAAGCCAAGCGCCUGGCUGUCACCGCCCUCUGCUGGAAUCCAAAGUACAAUGACCUGUUUGCGGUGGGACAUGGCUCCUGUAAGUAA